AUGUCUUCCUUCGACGGCUCUCUCGGCCACCCAACCAACUCGCUCUCAUUCUCCGAUACGCCCUACACCUGGAUACUGACACCACUCGUCGUCUUCCUCGCCAUUGGUAUACUUGGAACACUCGUUCAGUUUCAGCGCCGCCGACGUCUCCGCAAGCUUGGCAUUCAGCGCCCUUGGCCCCGCUCCGACCCGGAAGCGAAUCGUCCGAGAGCGAGAGGUCAACGAACAUCACGGAAUGGCCGUUGGGCCUGGACCACACGCACCGACGAAGGUCUCGACGAGUUUGGCGAAGCUCCUCCCGCUUACGAGCGCAAAGCAAAGCCGGGACAGUCUCUGCCCCGUGACGGCAGCUUCGAGAUGGCCCAUGUCGAGCACACCGCGACCGGUGCCAUCCCUCCACCCCCACCCAUCGGCGGCACAGCAGCCGGCGACCGGGGCUCCAUGCCGCCCGAUUAUGACACUGCCACCGGCUCGACAUCGUCGACAUCCCCACCCGUCGUCACAAGCCCCCCUCCAGCUAUGACGAGAAGUUAA